AUGAAUGGAAAUCAGCCUGACUCUGGGCCAGGUCUCCUGUUGGGAGGACCACUGCAGCACCCAGUUCGCCGCCGCCUCCGUAGAGCCCUGGGCCCGGGUUUCCGACGGCGAGCCGGGGCCCCCCCGCAGGGCGCGAACCCAGGUGCAGCCCGGCCGGGGCGCCCAGCGGAGCGCCAGGUGCAGGCGCCGCCCCGCCCUCCGCGGACCCGGGCAGGGAGACUGCGAGCUGGGGAUGCACCGGCGGGGCGGCGGCCCGAACCCCGGCCAACCGCACUCCGGGGGCCCCGGUCCUACCUGCGCCCGCUCCCCCCACCCCGCCCCCGCCGCGGGAUGCGCCACGACGACCCGGGCGCGCGCUCCGGGGCCCGCCCCCAGCCGGCGGCGGCCGCGCGAGCGGAGGAUGAAGGUGACGAAUACCUUGGAAGUGAUGCUGGGUGACUUCUGAGCCUUGAAGCUUCCAUUUUCACUGCCUUGGGAGCCAAUCAACAUAUAAAGAAACUCUGGCUGCAGGAGGAGGAGAAACUACACAGAAUGGAACCGAGACCUAGUUGGGCUCAAAACAUCCCAGACACCCUACCUGAGGUCCAAGGUGUGUGAGUGCAGUGACCUUACACGUUCCAGCCCCAGCUAAGCUCCUAGCGGAAUGUACCACAUGAGUGACCGCAGACCGUACCACUUGAGAACCUCCUAGUUAAGACCAGCCAGCCCCCAGUGGGUUAAGCCGCUGCCUUGGGCUUGGGUCAUGAUCUCAGGGUCCUGGGAUCGAGGCCU